AUGGCGUCGCUAGCACGAAUAUUCGCCCCUUCCUCAGCCCCUACAAGCGUUUCUCUAUUUCUCGCUCCAGCUUUCGCACGAUGUCAGCCGGUUACCGUUGUGGCCUCCCAGUCACGAAAUUAUGCGGCGCGAUUGAAUCGAAGACCGAAGAGGGACAAGAACAAGCAGAGAGGAGUGUCGGCCAUCCGUCGAACCGGCCCGAGGUCGACCCGAGGUUUAUGGCAAUAUCCCCUCCCGGUACCUGUCGCUAGAGACCACAGGACAACUGCGGCGGAAUAUGCAGGCUCCGAGGACCAUGGACUCUGGGGAUUUUUCAACCAGAAGAGACAAGCGAUGAUGCCGCCAGAUGAGGAGUCGAGCCAUGGCAGGGCUUGGACAUAUCAGGAACUUUCUGUGAAAUCAUUCGAUGACCUACACAAGCUUUACUGGGUGUGUGUGAAAGAACAAAACCAGGCUCUGACGAGAGAGAAGGAAAGAAAGCGUGUCAGAGCGGGUUACGGUGCCCUGGAAAGUGAGGAGAGAGUGGAAGCGAUUCGAGAGACCAUGACACUGAUCCGGGAAGUUCUUGCUGAUCGACAACUCUCGUACGACCAAGCCCAGUUACUCAUCCGGCAGCGACCAGUGAAGGAGAUAUUGGAAGAGGGGGACAGCCACGAAGGAGAUUCAUCUGAUUUUGAACAACUUCCGCCCUCUGAGGCAGGACAAAGCUCUCAGUCGCCGCCCACAACUGUUGCAUAG